GAGAAACGUCGCAUCUCUCCACCAAUAUGAAACUCUUAACAAAAUCUUAUAAAAAGCAAACUUUGCAUCCCCUUCGUACUUAGAACCAAGACACUCGAUCAAACUAUCCAUUUCAUCUGACCUCUGGAUUUCUCUCGUCUUCUUGACCCAAAUUUGUAAUCUUCCUUGGUACUUUAUUCAUCUAUGGAGUUGAUUCCUGGUCUUCCCGACGACAUAGCCCGAGAAUGCUUGAUCCGGGUCCCCUACGCCGGAUUCUCUACCGUCAGGUCCACAUGCAAGAGAUGGAAGGCCGAGAUCGAACUUCCACAGUUUCGGUCGCAUCGCAAAUCAGCGGGCCACAGCCAAACAAUCUUCGUCAUGGCUCAAGCUGUAACUGACCCGACCCGAAACAUCGGACUCGCGAAGGUUUGCCAUGUCCCGGUUUACCGCCUGACCACUUUUGAGCCGGUUUCGGGCUCUUGGAGUGAGCUGCCCCCGCCUCCCGGGUUCUGUGGGGGCUUCCCCAUGUUUUGCCAGUUGGCCGCCGCCAGGUCGGAUCUUGUUGUGAUCGGCGGGCUCGAUCCGGUUUCGUGGGAGGCCUCGAGUUCGGUCUACAUCUACAGUUUUAUAACCUCCACGUGGCGGCGUGGGGCCGACAUGCCGGGCGCACAACGCUCAUUCUUCGGCUGCGCGUCGGAUGGGGACCGCGUGGUGUUCGUGGCCGGAGGCCAUGACAGCGAGAAGAACGCAUUGAGGUCCGCAGUGGCGUACCUUUUGGAAAGAGACGAGUGGGCGGCUUUGCCCGACAUGUCAAGGGAGCGGGACGAGUGCAAGGGGAUCUUCCGCAGCGGCAAGUUCCAUGUCAUCGGCGGGUAUGGCACCGAGAUGCAGGGCAAGUUCGAGAAGAGCUGCGAGGCCUUCGACGCCGCGACGUGGCAGUGGGGCCAGGUGCGGGAAGAAGCAUUGAUGGCGAGCACGUGCCCGAGGACCUGCGUGGAAGGUGACGCGGACGACCACUUGUACAUGUGUAAGGAUGGCGACGUGUUGGCGCUUAGAGGAUCCACGUGGCGAGUCGAGGCUAAAAUACCCGGUGACGUGCACAAUCCUAGUAAUGUGACAAAGUGGCAAGGGAAGUUGCUUGUGAUUGGGUCUCCCAGAAUCGGUGAGCCCCAAGAGGCUUACGUGUUGGACAUGAGUACGUGUACAUGGACAAACGUGGAGUUGCCGGAAAAGUUUUCCGGCCAUGUUCAAGUUGGCUGUUGUGUGGAGAUUUAGGAGGGGCAAGACUGAGAAAUAUAUAAAGCGUCUUGUGUACAGAUUAAAUAUGAAACUAUUGUUGGAUUUAUUACAAUUUAAUUGUAUAGGCGAGGGUUUUUUCAGGGACGUCUAAUCGAUGCCAUGAGAUGCGGUUUAGCGAGUGCAAUGUGAGAAAUUUUACAUGAUUGGAA